AUAGUUUGUGUGUGAAUGUGGCCUAUGUGGCCUUUAUUUUUUAAAAUUUUCUACCCAGCACCCGACACUCAACUUCAACUUCCUAUACCGUGACGUCACACCCAGUUACGCGAGGCGCUUGCUCUGAAAACGAAAGAAUUUGCGGCUCUAACAGAAAGUGGAAAUAAAAGCAACUGAAACAUAUUUCAGCAUAUUUUUCGCUCCCAAAAAGUAAUUUUUCAUUUGUUUUAAAGGGUUAUUUUCCUCGCAUUUAAUAAGAGGCGCAGUUUUCGCUAAGGAGCUGUAAACUAACAGCGAGAGACAGCGGCGCAAUAAAAGCUGCAGAUCGUUGUGAGCUGAGGACCAGGCUGUGAUGGACAGGCUGACUUUGUCCCACAUAGACGAGGGCCUGGGCUCUUCUGAAGUGGCAGAACUUUGCUUCUUAUGCCGUGAUGUAGUCACCAGGAGACGCCUGGAGAACAUUAAGGAUGCAAAAGACCUGUUCUUGAGAUUAGAGGAAAAAGGUCUGCUGCGAAACGAUGCCUUCCUCAGGCAGCUGCUCGACACCAUCCAUCGAGCAGAUCUCCUCAGGGUCCUGGAGACAGACAGCAGACCGCCAGAGGAAACAGAUGCUAGUCCUGUCCUGUCAGACUACAGGAAGACCCUGUAUUCUAUAUACAAUGACUUCACUACAGAGAACUUUGAAAAACUGAAGUUUCUACUGACUAACAAGCUGGGCAGGAGACAAAUGGAAUUGUCCAAGACAGCGCUGGACGUGUUUGCAGAAAUGGAAAAAUCUGCUUUACUAUCAGAGACAGAUGUUAGCUUGCUACAUGAAGCACUGCAAGAGUGUGAUCAACAACUGGCAAUUACUUUAGAGGAAUACACACAAGGAGGCGGUCAGCCACGGCAGCAGUUCACGUUACCCCCUGAUGUCAGCAUGGAUAUUGAGAGGACCCAUGAGCCACUGUCUAUAACUGAAACUCAGCACAACUAUCAAAGAGAGAGUAUUAACACUGAUGCACAACUAGAAACAAAUUCCACCUCUCUUCCUGAUCAGUCAGAAUACUACACACUGACUCAUAACCCACGUGGUUGGUGCGUGGUCUUCAACAAUGAGAUCUUCACAGGAACACAUCUGAAGGAUCGAAAAGGAACUCAGAAGGAUGCAGAUACUCUGAAAGAAGUGUUCACUCACUUUGGUUUUAAAGUGAAGAUGCACGAUAACUGUACUGCAGAGCAGAUGAAGAAGAAAAUAAAUGAUCUUGGCAGGAUUAAUUUUACAAAUCAUGAUGCCUUGGUGGUGUGCGUUCUUUCACAUGGAGAAAAGGGGUGUGUCUUUGGCGCUGAUGGGGAAAGGGUGUUCCUGAAAGAGCUGACGGACCCCUUUACAAGUGGAAGAGCCUCAACCUUGGCAGGGAAGCCCAAACUCUUCUUCAUUCAAGCCUGUCAGGGUGAAGAAUACCAGAAAGGAUACUAUCCCAGCAGCAGAGAGGACGAGAACCAAAACAAAGGAGUACUGCAAUCAGACGCCUCAAUCCCUGAUGAGGCAGUGCUAGUGCCUGAACUAGCAGACUUUCUGAUCGGCAUGGCCACUGUGGAGGAAUUCAAAUCAUUUCGAAACACAGUCACGGGAUCUAUCUACAUCCAGGAGCUGUGCAAGCAGCUG